UUGCAGAUGUAAGGAAAAAAAUCCCUGAUGUUACCGUGGUCAUUUGAAGGUGCUGAAGAAGAAAUAACUUUGAAGGUGAAGGCGGAUACAGUUUUAAGACAUUAACUUAGAAACUAGCAGCUUCUUGGUUUAGCAAGCCAAGGUCGACCUCAAGCGCACCUUCACCUUCCGUAACUCCAAGCAGACAUACACAGGAAUUCCCAUUAUAGUGGCAAACAUGGACACUGUGGGAACAUUUGAAAUGGCUGUGGUUAUGGCAAAACAUGCAAUGUUCACUGCAAUUCACAAGCAUUAUUCUCUGGAAGAAUGGAAACUGUUUGCUGCCAAUCACCCAGAAUGCCUUGAGCAUGUAGCAGCAAGCUCAGGUAGUGGACAAGAUGAUUUGAAAAAGUUAACAAGUAUACUAGAGGCCAUUCCAGCUAUCAGAUUCAUCUGCCUGGAUGUAGCAAAUGGCUAUUCAGAGUAUUUUGUGGAGUUUGUGAAGUCUGUCCGUGCCCUGUUCCCACAUCACACCAUUAUGGCAGGCAAUGUGGUGACAGGAGAGAUGGUAGAAGAACUUAUUAUUUCUGGAGCAGAUAUUAUUAAAGUGGGUAUUGGACCAGGUUCUGUGUGUACCACUCGGAUUAAGACAGGGGUGGGCUACCCACAGCUAAGUGCUGUUAUUGAGUGUGCAGACUCAGCACAUGGCUUGAAAGGACAUAUCAUCUCUGAUGGAGGAUGCAACUGCCCAGGAGAUGUCGCCAAAGCGUUUGGUGCCGGUGCUGACUUUGUCAUGAUUGGAGGAAUGUUUGCAGGCCAUGACCAGAGUGCUGGAGACAUUAUAGAAAAGAAUGGCAAGAAGGUGAAACUAUUCUACGGAAUGAGCUCUGAUACAGCCAUGAAGAAGCAUGCAGGAGGGGUUGCUGAAUACAGGGCUUCAGAGGGCAAGACUGUGGAGGUACCAUACAAAGGGGAUGUGGAACACACCAUCCUGGACAUCCUCGGGGGGCUGCGCUCCACCUGCACCUACGUGGGAGCUGCCAAACUCAAGGAACUGAGCAAGAGAACGACGUUCAUCCGGGUCACCCAGCAGUACAACGAGGUCUUCUCCUAGCCUAGGCCUGGGGGGCUGGAGAGAGGGGCAGGGGAGAAGAGCAGGAAGGACUGCUCUUUUCCUUUGCUUUCUCCUCCGUGUUGUGUUAGUGGCAAACUUCCCUCUCAGAAUGGCAGUGUCAUAGCCAUUGACUAUGGCUGGGAUUUGGAAGGGGAAGGUCAUGCUAUUAACACAGUGCCGUUGAUUCAAAAUGCAAUAGCCUCAUCUUUAUUGUUGUGCCUAUUUUAUUUUUUAAUCAACGUUUCUUCACCUGUUUUUUUUCCCCUCUGAUAAAUAGCUGCUGAAACCUCAGUUAACAAGGAAUUGGCUUGUACAGACAUGGCUGUUAACGCCUGCACACGUUCACACAUUCCCUUUUUAAGACUGACCUGUCAGCUACCUCCACUUUCUGGCAGUGCACCUUUCAGAAAUUGCAGGCUGGGAGAGAAAAAGGUGCAAGGAAUUGCAUGGAGAAAUCAAAUUCUCUUAAUCUUUUUUCUGGCCAAAGAAUAGAUGUUAUGGCACAGCUGCCAGCCUGCAAAAUGUCAGAGGUGGAUGGUAAAUGAGGCCUGGCUGCUGGUGACAUGCUAAAAUUGCCAGAUCUCUGUCACUUUCAGUUCACAGGGCUGAUGUUGCUGUUGUUACUUAAACCUUCCUAUUCAAUGGACUUGCCCCUUCAGAGAAGCUGGCACUGAAUGUAACAAAACCGUGCUGGCCCCCCUGCCCCCAUCUGAGGAGAUCAUUCAGGUGAACACUUUUCAGAGCUUGCCUGCUUUAUCAUGAGUGCAGUUACUGAAUUACAUGGAUUCCUGCUUUUACUUGCUCUCUGGGAGCAGGUUCUUAAGACAUUGAAACUCAGCAACUGACAAGGGGGGACGAUUCUUGCGGUCCUCCCUGUUCCCUUGCCUGCUCACAUCCAUUUAGCAAAGAUGUAAAAAAUGCUGUGCAGUGCAUUGUCUGUGGCCAGGUAGAGGAGGCCAGAGGGAUCAAAUUGCUUUCUGGUUAUGUGGUACCACUCCUUUGCAGUCCUUGACAUCAUGUAAAGCAAGAGAGAGUUUUUGGCAGAACAGCCUGAUUGAUUGCAAGACACUGUCAGGCAAUGGAGUUAAAGCAUUUGCUCUAAAGGUAGUAAUGAAUGUUUGAGACUCUGGGUAACACUUCAGUAAAGUGUAAUGGCCUUAUAAUUAAUUGAUAAAUCACAAUGAAAAUGUGGAAAUAUGUGUAUUUGGAAAUACAUGUUGCAUCCACAUGAAUACCGCAGUAGCUCGAUGCGAUAAAUGAUGCAAAAGUGAGCACCAAUGAAUUAAUAAUGCUUGACCACUUACUUUAAACUGCUGCUGAGAUCAUAAUGCGGCUGAUGAUACUUCAGUACUUCAGAGUCUUACUUUCCUCUCCUAUAGACAUCUCUAGAAAGAGGCAGGCUUCCUUUGAAAAGCAAAAGGGUGAUCUGUAGGAAAAGGAAUAGCAAAGAGAAACUCUAGAAUUAAACUCAUAUGCUGGACUGCUCAAAAAGCCAAUCACAAGGACUGGUACAAUGCUGAUCACUGGUGAUUUUUAAGUGUGUUGUGCCCAUUAGAAAAAGCACAGGAUAUCUUCUAAAUUGCCUGGUAUUUUAAAUGUCUUCCAUUUAACACGUAGGAUGUACUUCUUAAUUGUGGGAUGACCCCUUCCUCUGCUUUGGAAGUGGAUGAGGCCUUGAUGUGAGUACAGGUUAUGCUUGUGCUGGCUGCAAGGACCAUUUGUCCUGCCCACAUAUCAUAAAGGAAUGUGAAUGCAGAAGAGAAGCAGGCUCUGUGAAUCCAGGCCCUGAUCUCUGUUCCCUCCAGCCUGGAAGCAUCAUGUUAAGAGAAUGCCAGGCUGCCUCGCCACAGAAAGGCGCCGUGGGCCACCUACUGCUCUCAGCUCACUAGGCCCAGAGCAGGGGCAACAUGACCUCUCUGCACCAGUACAGCUGUGGGACAGCACUGUUCCUCUUUUUAUGUGCUGUAAGGGGGAAGCAAAUGGACACCUCUUGUCAGGAGUGGGGUUAGACCACCACGGCCCAGGCCUGACCACAGGUGUGUCUCCACACUGGUGCCUUCACACGUGGGAAGUGCAGCACUCUGCUGGUCUCAUGCCCACUCUCAAUAGCGCUUUUCUACUUUUUUUUAGCUACAUUUCUAAGUGGAAUUUAAGAAAUACAUAUGCAUAUAAAAAGAUAUAUAUUUGUAAACAUUUUUUUUUUUUAAAGAUCAUGCACACACCAAACCGAGCAGCUUCAUGAUGGCCUCAGAACAUUUUCUUUUCCGAAGGGCAGGUGCUGGGGGCAAGGGGAGGCUGCUUCUCCACAAGUGUGGCAAAUGGAGCUGUUCUUAAGUUGUCCCCCAAAUUCUUCAGGCUGUGAAUGAUGCCAUGAAUGGUGACUGAUAAAGUUUUGAUAUUAGGUAUAUUGUUUUGAUAUGCAGGAUGUUUUCUUUCAUUUUCUUCUCUCCAAAAGUGAGCAGGAAAGACAAAUGAGAUGCAGAAAGGCUGAACCGGUAGCAUGUCUGCAUCUCACCCAGUUAUAUGUGAGUUUUGUUCAGGAAUAACCCUCAGCUAUGUCAGUGCCAACCAUUGACACUGUACAUAUACAGCUCUGAGACAGGCUGGAAAAUAAAUUUUAAAAAACCCUAAAAACUUAAAAAAGAAAAGGGUACUUGAGUCCCCCUUCCUGUGCUGCAGUCAUUGCCCUGAUCUUCACUUAGCUCCAGGUUCUGUACCCUGCUCAAGCCUGCUGCCACUCCCACAAGGAACUGAGGCAGAGGAAGCCAGGAAUACACUUUGGCAGGAUGGUCCAAGUCAAGACCACAACCACUGACAAUGCCAUGUGCCAUUUGUGGAUCUACCUCACCUGCGCAUCUAACUGGGUUCUUUGUUAUUUGGUGUGCUUUUGUGGGAAAUGAAAUUUGUAAGUGCUUAAUAAUGCUUAGUGUUGAGUGAUUCUGCAUAACCAGGUUUUCUCUAACCCUACACCCCAACCCCAUCCUCUGUCCAGAGGAAUAUUAUGAGUGUGACAGCCUGUACUGGCUGCCCAGGGCCAUGCCUGUUUCCCCCAGCCAGGCAAUUGUUGAGCUCCCAAAAGCAGUGUUGAGGUUCCCACUGGCUCCACAGGGAUGCAGUUUAGCAUACCAAAGACCUACAAGUGGGGAUGCUGAAAAGGGCAACAUUACAUCAAUAAGCAAUCCCCGCUGAGCAUGUCUGCCUUUGGCUUCUUGAAACAUAAGGAUGCCUCUAACACCCCUGGUGCUCCCAGUCCUGCUCUGGGGUUGCUGCAGCACAUUGUGCAGGGUGGGCUUCUGCCCACAGAGCCUGGUUACUGGAACUCUCCUUGGAGAGGAAGGGCUCAGCACAGGAGAGGCCUUGCUUACUCCCCAGUAACUCUGUGGUGGCUGUGAGGAGUGCACCAUGCACAUGGACACCUACUGUAGGUGUAAGCCAUUGAUAAAGGGGUAGGCCUUGAGCCAGCAUCCUGACAGAUGCAAAACAAACCAUGCAGGUCUCCAUUCUCUGGGAGAAACACAUUCCCAUCUGCUCAUUGGAAUAGCCAGUCCCCACUGGCACUGGGGCAGGGGCUUUGGCUGUGCUUUCCUCUCCCUUAGGGUAUGGUGGGGUUGAAUGUAGAAUGGGGACACCCUGUAUAUAUGGAGAGUUGUAAGCAGGAUCAGAAGAAGCCUCUGUUUGCCUUUGGGUAAGUUUUCCCAUAUGAAAUGUGCCUGUCUCUUCUUUCAGCUAACAGGGGUAGAAAGGAUGGGGAUAAGGAAGAAAUGUGGCAGCUGUUGGCCAAGUCCCAUGGUGUUGGGACAGGUUUUCAGUCAAGGACAUGAUGAGAGUUUGAAGCUUUUCUGAACCAAGCACUCCCUAGUUUAUACCUGUUGAAUUCUACUCUCAUGCCAGACUUGUUGCUGCAGCUGCCACCGUAUGUAGUGUCUAUCCAUCACCAUCUCACGUCCUCCACCAGGGGAUGGUGCUGUUUAGUUGCUGAUACCAGUUUUACACCAAAAAUUCUUUUUUGGAGCCAGGAGGGCUUUUGCAACCAGUGCCAGGUUUGGCCUUGUGUAGAUGAGAGGGGAGGAAGUGAGGCCCAAUACCAGCAGUUUGCCCUCGCAGCAGCCAGGGCCAGCCGGUGGGAGAGGGCCAGCCCUUCCCUGCGGGCUGGGAGCUGCCAGGGGCAGCAGCAUUGAAGCAUGUCUUGAGUAGAGCUGGCACAGCUCUGUACUCAGGAGAGACCACCCCCUGCAGCCUUAGCUUCAUUUGUGGUCACACAGAUGCUUAAGCGAGCCCUCCCCAACAUUUAUUUGACCCAGUGUUUGCUGACUAAAGUUUUCAUAUAUAAAUCAGCAGUUUGGAGUCCAGAACUCCCUGACAUUGCCUGUGAUAACUGUGAAGCGCUUCUGUGUCAUUGGCCAAAAGCUGAUGGGUUUUCAGUGUUUUGCUGCCCUGCUUGGCCCUGCUGAGAUGGUGAUGAGAGCGCUGCCCCCCUUCCCUCUGCUGUGGCAUCCCUGUGUGCACUACCCAAUCAUCCCAACUGCUCCCAAGUUUUUGUUAUGCAAUAAAGAGCUUCACUCUGA